ACUGCCCCUGAUGUUGGCCUCCUCCCUCCCCACACAGGAUAUAAAUGCAGGCUGCCCCUCAUUCUCCCAGUACAAUGAUAGCUGCACUGCUUGUCGCAAUCUCCCUCACAGCCCUCGCCUGGGCAGCUUUCCUCCGGAGACGCAGGCGGAGUGGCGAGCCACCUCUAGACCACGGACUCAUCCCAUGGCUGGGACAUGCCCUGGACUUUGGAAGAGAUGCAGCCUCAUUCCUAACACGUAUGAAGGCCAAACAUGGCGACAUAUUCACAGUCCAAGUUGCAGGAAAAUUUCUGACCGUGCUGCUGGACCCACACUCCUAUGAUUGUGUCGUCUUGGAGUCCUCUGACAAGCUCAGUUUUGGCAAAUAUGCAAAGAUAUUAAUGGAAAGGAUGUUCGACGUCCAGCUCCCAGAUCACAAUCCUGCUGCAGAAAUGAAAAUGUUUAAAAUGCACCUGCAAUACAAGAGUUUGCAGCAGCUGACCAGUGCAAUGUUCAGCCAUCUUUCUUCGGUCCUAAACAGUGUGCCAGGGACAACUUGGAGGGAGGAGGGCCUAUUACAAUUCAGCUACAGCGUGAUGUUACGAUCUGGAUAUCUGACCCUCUUUGGCUCAGAGUCAAUGCAAGGCAGCGAAGUGGAUCUCCGGCAUUCACUAGACAUUUACAAUGAAUUCAGGAAAGUCGAUCGGUUGCUAAUGAAGAGCGCCCGCGGCCAAUUAUCUGUCCUGGAGAAGAAAGAAUUCGGUUCAGUGAAGGAGAAUCUCUGGCAGCUCUUAGAUAUAGACAAGCUCUGCAAAAAGCCUGGGAGAAGUAAAUGGCUGGAAAGCUAUCAGCGCCACCUGCAGGAGCUGGGAGUACCUACAACAAUGCAGAGCAGGGCCAUGCUCCUCCAGCUGUGGGCCACACAGGGGAACUCAGGCCCUGCUGCCUUUUGGCUCCUACUGUUUCUCCUGAAGAACCCUGAGGCUAUGGCAGCCAUUCGAGAUGAACUGGAGAAUCUGUUGGAAGGCCACGAGAUUAGACACCUAAUCAGCCAGGAGAUGUUGGACUGCGCCAUUGUCUUUAACAGCGCCUUGGAGGAGAGCCUGCGCUUGACCGCUGCCCCCUUUGUCACUCGAGAAGUGUUGGUUGACCUACCUUUAAACCUGGCAGAUGGCAGAAAAUACACCCUGAGAAGGGGGGACAGACUGUGCCUCUUCCCCUAUGUCAGUCCACAGAUGGACCCAGAGAUCCACCAGGAGCCGCAGAUGUUCCGGUAUGACAGGUUCCUCACUGUGGACACUUCUCAGAAGAAAGAUUUCUACAAGGCCGGUAGGAGAGUCAAGCAUGUUAGCAUGCCCUGGGGCGCCGGAAGGAACAUAUGUGCUGGGAAGUUCCAUGCAAUCAACAGCAUUAAACUGUUUGUUUGGCUCAUGCUCCUCAAUUUUGAAUUCGAAUUGAAAAUCCCACAAGAGACACUGCCUGAGUUUGACAAGAGCCGAUAUGGAUUUGGGGUUGUCCAUCCAGAAGGUGAUGUGGUCUUUCGAUACCGCAGACGAUAUAAAUAGGUAUCUACAAGUAAUAAGGACAUGAGAUGUUCCUGUCAGAUCAAUCUGGCAGCCAUUGAACUGAUCCCGAUCCAAAAUCCAUCAGAAAGAAGUACCUGCAAUAUAGUCAGAAUGGACAGCUGUUAUAGGCGUGCUCCUGUGUUUAUAGGAAGGCAUCACUGGACAACAUCAUGGAGUGGAUUCUCAGCACUGCAGGACACAGCCCUCCAGGAAACACAGUCACCAAUGAGAUUACCCUACCGUCACUCACUAGAGAAUUCUUUCCUAAAUUGUCUUUAGCCAUAAGAUUUUGAUCAGUGAUUGACUGCACUGUAAAUCAUCCAUGUGAUCGUUCAUAUGAACAAUUGCACCAGUAACAUGUCAGACUACUGGCUGAUGAGGCUACUCAAUACAUGACACACACCUCAUCUGGUACACACCGAUAUAUAAUCAUGCCUAGGCUCCAGUGCUAUACAUGAGGUGUAUGGGCAGCAGUGCCCUGGAGGCAGAGAAGAGUAGUGUUCUGCUAGAGAAGAACCAGUAUCUGAAGCCCAUUGGCAGCAGAACCAGAGCAUCCCUUUCAACACAGGAGCCAUGGCGAACGAGAGGUGAAGAAAGUCAAUGAGACCAAGUAAAAAGGAUGUAGGGAAAGACGCCGCUGUGGUUCUAGGAAUGGGCUUGUGAAAAUUGGCAAAUGAUUGGCAGAAAUCAGAUAAUCAUGCCAUACACAUCUAGUUUUAGACGAUCAUGGUCACAUUUUCUAACGUAACAGACCAAAUUUCUGCGACCAGCCAUAAUGAAUGAUUGUUUGCAUAACAUUUUUAAGUUAUGUUCAGCUAAAAUAGCCAUUUCAUCCAACUUUUAACAUAUACAGUAUGUGUUUAGGAGCUUUAGUGUAACUACCAGAAACCUGCAGACAGACUUGCACUAUGUUCCUCUUAGACUACUUUCACAUCUUCAGCUGGGUGAUCCGGCCGGCAGUUCUAGCAGAGAAUCCCGGGACUCGGUCGGAUAAAAAAUACUGCAUGCAGCGGUUUUUGUCCGUCUGAUUUUCAGCAUAUUAUCGGAUCUUUGUCAGGCCCUGUUCUAGUCAAAAAGGUCCAGCGGCAGUAUGACAACGCCAGAUCCGGAAGACGCUACAGGAGCAGCCUGCUGGAGCCUCUGCUGUGGAUGACACUAGCCUUUUGUCUUUACUACAAUUGUGUUAUGUCCACUAUGUCAGAAAUCCAACCAACUGGGGCCGCAGUGGCAGCGAUGGAGUUCAGCAGAGAGGAGUAAACUGGCACUGCUUCCUCCAUAUUGUACAAUGCUGCACCCUAAGCAGGAAGUGCGCUGAGACAUGCCAGGACUGUUCAGCAUGGCCCAGAGACCACCAUCAGUCUCUAAAUAGACGGAAAUAAUACAUGCCAUCCCGCCAUAAGAGAAGUCUGUAUACAAGAAUGGAGAGGGUCCUGAAAAAUCUCUAAGCGUGUGGUGGAUGUGGUGUUGUUCUCCGCUCAUGAUAUUUCUUUAAGACUACUCUUUGACUUCUCCAAAAUUAUUAACAUUUUCCUACUUGUGACAUUGUUUUCUUCAUUUUUUACUAUGUAUGUGCCACACUGUAACUUUAUCUUUUUAAAUGUAUUUUUAUACUUUUGUAUGAAAUUUUGGAAGCCUGAUCAUUGCUUUGUGACUAUACCACACACUUGUUUUUUAAUAAACAGAGUUUAAAAUAAAAA